AAGUCCGCAUCGGAGAUCCCUGGGACCCCAGCACUCUCUAUGGGCCUCUGCAUACCAAACAAGCUGUAGACCAGUAUCUGGCAGCCAUUGAGCAGGCCAAGCAGCAAGGAGGCACUGUGGUUUGUGGAGGAAAAGUGAUGGACCGUCCUGGUAACUACGUUGAGCCUACUAUCAUAACAGGGCUGGCUCAUGACGCUCCUAUUGUCCACACAGAAACCUUUGUUCCCAUCCUCUAUGUUCUGAAGUUUAACACUGAAGAAGAGGCUUUUGCCUGGAACAAUGAGGUUAAACAAGGCCUUUCCAGCAGCAUCUUCACCAAAGAUAUGGGUCGUGUUUUCCGCUGGCUAGGGCCCAAAGGCUCUGACUGCGGAAUUGUGAAUGUCAACAUUCCUACCAGUGGAGCAGAGAUUGGAGGAGCCUUCGGUGGGGAGAAACACACCGGGGGAGGAAGAGAGUCAGGCAGUGACUCUUGGAAGCAGUAUAUGAGGCGUUCAACAUGCACAAUUAACUACAGCAAGGAUCUUCCGCUGGCCCAAGGAAUCAAGUUCGAGUAAACCAUGAAAAACAUCUAUCAGAUGUUUAACACCUGCAGCCACAGUGUUUAAAAAUGUUUACUAUCUGGUAGAAAUGUUUUUGUUUUUUUUAAAUAGGGUCAAGUGAAAACAAUAAGAGCACUUCUGGUUUUGGUUACCUCCAAAUUAAGCAGUUCAGAUAAAUGCUAAACUGGAUUGUUGCAAGUUUUUAAACAGUGGAAAAAAAAGAGUACAUGUAAUAUAUGAACAAUGGCAUUAUUAUUUCUUUGGAUACACCCUGGGGUGCCUCACUACAUCUCCUUUUGGCAAUUGACAGUUUGUGGUACUGAAUUUAAAAUUACGGUUUAAAAUUUUCUAAAAGGUCAAAGUGUUCUUGUGUGUUUCAAAGCAAUAUCUAGUAAAUAAAUCACUUUAUUUUUCUAAACAAUAAUCUCAGUAGACAUUAUGUAAUGAAAGUAUUUAACAAUUCAGACUGUAAUGUUGCUUCAGCUGUGAAAUUUGUUCAAUAAAAAUACUUCAUUUACACGCA